ACACAAACCAUAUAUAUACUGGCAGCUGCAUAAAAAAUUAUAGCUUUAUGUCCAUAUAUAACCAUAGCCUAAAUGGAAUUUUUCUUUUUUUUUUAUUACUACCAAUGUCUUUUUGUGAAAAAGUUGAGGUCUUUCUGGUGAAUAAGUGUUAAGGGGGGUGGGACGGGGUGAUUUUAAAAAAGUUUUUUUUUUUUUUUUUUAAUUUAUAUGAGUUGAGUUUAAAAUAUAAGUUUUAAAGUUAAAUUGUUACUAAUACAGACGGAAUUAAAAAAGGAAAGUGAAUGAUGUUGAUUGGUAUAGAGGGAGGGAGUAUAUGAUUUGUUACCAUUCACUUUUGGUUUAGCCAAUCACCAUCAUUUUUCCACAUGGACAACUUUUUAGUCUACUUACUAUAACUCCAAGUUCCAAUCCUGUCUCUUUUUAUUUUGUCCCCUCUUUAAAGAUCUCUUGUUGUUCUUGAGUUUUUUGAUUUGUGGGGUUGUCAUAAAGAUUCUUGAAAAGUGAUUCUUUUGUGGUUUUUUUGUUAAAGUUGUAAUCUUUAUCAUCAGAUUUUGUUUGGGUGAUUUUUUUUUUCUCUUGUGGGGUUGUUGAAUUUGUGGUUCUUGAAAUGACUCUGGAGGAAAUUAGAGGAAAUAUGAGUGGUGAAAGGGAGAACUAUGAUAAUUUUCCAGUUGGUAUGAAGGUUCUUGCUGUUGAUGAUGAUCCAAUUUGUUUGAAGUUGUUGGAUGGAUUGCUUAGGAAAUGCCAAUAUCAAGUAACUACGACAAGUCAGGCAAGAACGGCAUUGAAGAUGUUGAGGGAAAACAAACAUAGAUUCGACUUGGUAAUCAGUGAUGUCCACAUGCCGGAUAUGGAUGGCUUUAAACUUCUUGAGCUUGUUGGUCUCGAGAUGGAUCUUCCAGUCAUAAUGUUGUCAUCAAACAGCGAUAGCAAACUUGUAAUGAAGGGAAUAACUCACGGUGCUUGUGACUAUUUGGUGAAACCUGUCCGGCUUGAGGAGCUGAAGAAUAUAUGGCAACACGUAAUAAGGAGAAAGAAAGUUGAGCCUAAGAACUGGAACAAGUCUAAUGAUCAAGACAAGGCUAACCAGGGAGGCGUAGAAGGUGAGAGAGGAUCACAGCUUUCAGGUAAUGCAGAUCAAAACGGGAAGGUUAAAAAGAAAAGGAAGGAUGAAGAAUAUGAAAGCGAUGAAAAUGGGAAUGACGAUGAAGAUUCUGCAACUCAGAAGAAACCUCGUGUUGUUUGGUCUAUAGACCUUCACAAGAAGUUUGUUACAGCAGUCAAUCAGUUAGGCCUUGAAAAAGCUGUCCCUAAGAGGAUACUUGAUCUGAUGAAUGUCGAAGGACUUACAAGAGAGAAUGUGGCUAGCCAUCUCCAGAAGUUUAGGCUCUUCUUGAAAAAGUUCAACUCAGCAGAAGCUCAGCAAGCCAACAUGGUGGCUGCUGCAUUAGGGGGUAAAGAUUCUGCAUACAUACGAAUGGGGUCACUGGACGGGCUUGGUGAUUUUCGAACAUUGGCUGGAUCAGGAAGGUUCGGUCAGGGUCAGGCUAGCUUAUCGUCAUAUGCAUCAGGAGGCAUGCUUGGCAGACUAAAUAGUCCCGCUGGUGUAACCCUUCGUAAUCUGGCAUCAUCACCUAUGCUCCAACCUAAUCACGGUCAAAAUUUGAGCAACAACGCCUUGAUGAAAUUUAAUCCAAAUGUUCCAUCUGCAAGCCAGAAUGCUAAUUUGUUCCAAGGGAUUCCUGCGUCGUUGGAGUUUGAUCAAUUGCAGCAGAGUAAGUGUGCCACGCGCAUGGGAGAAUUGAAUCCUUUGGUUGGUAGCUCAAACAGCGCUAUGUCCAAUGUCAACAAUCCUAUUUUGCUUCAAGUGAACUCCGAGCAAUCGCUGACAGGGGCAGGAAUUGGAAAUCAGACUUCGCUCAACAUAACCACUUUAAGCUCCGAGGCAUUCAAUACUGGUGUUGUAACUGGUUCUUCCAAUUUUCUAGACCAUGAUAGAUAUAACGAGAAUUGGCAAAAUACUAUCCAGCCUCUUAAGUUUCAGUCAAGAUCCUUUCCGUUAACUGAACCUUUCAGCAACAGCCAUUUGCCUCAACGAGACAAUGAUACUUCAACUGGCCCUCAUUUGCAAAACAACCCUGUCGAUUUUUCAACCUCCACCAUAGUUUCCCUUCCUUUCGAAGCUUCAAGAGGAGAAACACAAUGUCGUGAAAGUUCAGGGGGUGCCGUUCAGAUUAUGAACCAAGCAACCUGCCAACAGUGGCCCGAUCAGAACCAACAUUAUUCCCACAACUCGAACAAUAUUUUUGGCAACUUGAGCUCUCAAGUUUCUAGCAACGGUGAAAUGGCCUCUUUAACUCAUCCUAUGGACCAAAACAAUGACAUAUUCUGCAGAAGGGUGGAGACAUCUUUGACAGGCAGAUCAAAUGGAGGUUCGUCAACACACAUGCACGACAGCGAGGGUGAAAAAUUAACUCAUCACUCGAGGACAAAUGAAGACCAUCUCUUCCAGCCAACAAAGCAGCAAUAUAGUUUUCUUCCUCAGGGCUAUGGCUCCUUUGAUGAUCUAAUGAGUGCAAUGAAACAGGAGAACGAUGGCGCGAUGUUAGAAGGGGGAGAAUUUGGAUGUGAUGGUUAUUCUCUUGGUUCAGGUUUAUGAAGUUUUGUAACUUGGCAUCUUACGGACAUAGCAAAAUUUUAUUUGCUCAUUUAGGAGUCUCUAACAAUAUAUGCUUACAAUGCUUUCUUUUUCAUUAGACGUUAUCGAUCGUAGAAAACUCUGAAAUGCUAAUUACUUUUUCUACUCUGAAAUGCUAAUUAUUUUUUAAAGGGCCGGUUCUGUGAGUUCAACUGAAUCAUUUGCAUUCAUUCCCAACUCUCCAUGUAUAUGCAGAUUCUUUUGAAAUGUUGAACUCGCUGGCUCUAGAUCCUAUUCGCUUUUGAAAAAUCUGUAUGUACAUAUUUUUGAAAAAUCUAGAAUUGCAUUUGGCAUGGGCGCGCCAA